AUGGCUGCAUUCAUCGCGGACUUACGCUGUAUUGCAAUUACCUGCAACUUCGGAGACGCCCUCGACAGCAGUUUGCGCGACCAGAUUGUUUGUGGAGUUAAAGAUGAGGCCUUGCAACGACGUCUGCUGAGCGAAGCCGAGCUUACGUUGGCUCAAGCGGAGAAGUUGGCAAUAGGACCGGAAUGUGCGAAGAACAAUGCCAUGGAGAUUAGGACUACGCCUAAGGACGACUGCCACUUCAAGAACGCCACAUGCCUGUUCUGUGGCCGCAAAGGGCAUAUUGUCAAAGCCUGUCUUCAAAAGAAGGCUAAGAAAAGUCCUCCAAGAGCAAGACGGGGGACGGCGCAAGCUGAUCUUUUAGACGGCGAUACCACCAAGACGUACGAGCUGUACAACCUCUCGUCCAACGAACCAGCUAUCCUCGUGGACGUCGACAUCGACGGACAGCCAACAGCGAUGGAGGUGGACUCAGGAUGCAUGCUCUCUGUCAUAAGCAGGAGAAAAAUGGCACGACUUCAUAUUCCAACUCAGAGGCUAAAACCAUCUACUGUUGCGCUACGCACAUAUACGAAGGAGCCUGUUAUCGUCCUAGGAAGAGUAGUCGUGGAGGUUAAACACAAAGAAAGAUCGGCAACUCUGUCACUUCUGGUGGUCAAGGGAGAGUACGCAAGCCUUCUUGGACGAAACUGCUUCAAGCAUCUAGGAAUCGGCCUCACUGGUGUCCAUCAACUCAGGAAUACCCAGGAGGGUAGCAGAUUCUUGGAGGAGUUUAAGGAAAUCUUUGACACUGGUCUGGGAAAGAGUCGGGGACCACCUAUUCGUGUGGAGGUCGACAGAUCUGCUGCACCUAAGUUUUGCAAGUUAAGUGUCCGAAUUUCGUCGCAAGUCUUAGUACUCUUAAGGGGCAAAAAGCGAAACAAGCAUAUUCUUAACUUACGAAGAAAAUACGUGAAGAAAGCGUUUAGUAGAAUGUCUCUGUCAAAGGCGACCAGUAAACGAUGGUCGACAGGUGACGCCAGCAUGAUGUCAAGACAGAAAGAGCUACCCAAGCUCCCUUUGACUCCUCUUCAAGAAGCUCUGGACAGAUUCGUGGAACGCAUGGAACCUCUACUCACUCACCAAGAACUCGCGGAAACUCGAAAGGUUGUUCGUGACUUCGGGAAGCCAAGCGGAGAUGGCCAAACGUUGUAUCAGUUACUCCAAACAAAAGCUUCAUCUUCAGAUAAUAUAGUUUCAGACUGGAUUGUGGAAACCGCCUUCUUGAAGUUCAGGGGCUCCGUGAUCUCUAAAACUCCGGGAAUGGCCUUCGCACGACAGGACUUCGCCACAUCAUCAGAGCAACUUGAGCACGCGGCAAGGCUCACGGCGGCGGCGCUGAACUUCAAAUAUCUAAUUGACAGGAACCUUUUAAAACCUGAUGUCCUCGGCACAACUCCUCUCGACAUGACGCAGUACAAGAACAUCUUUGGCACUUGUCGAGUGCCUAUGGUUGGCUGUGACAAACUAGAGUUCACCUCGCUAAACGACGAGUCUUCAAAAAAUGUGCUCAUCAUCAGCAACAAUCAGUUCUUUGUAUUCAAUGCGCACGACGAGAGAGGUGUCCCCUUCGACGAAGGAAUGAUACUGGCGCUGUUGCUUCGGGUUGCCGACAUGUCAAAGGAGGACGGCACCCCUAUUGGGGUUCUAACGACCGACGAAAGGGACGCCUGGGCGAAGGCCCACGAGAGACUAUGCCAAAAUCCUAGGAACGCUGCGUCGCUACAAACCAUAAGGAAGGCUGCCUUUGCGGUGUGCCUAGACCGCAAGUUGCGCAACUCGGAGCCUUACGAGGUAACCUCUGGCCAGCAACUUUUUGCGGGUGGCCAAGACGGCGAGAAUGCAGCUAACCGCUGGUGGGACAAAACUAUUCAGCUUGUUGUAGGAAAAGAAGGCCUGACGGGAAUUUUGUUUGAACACUCAUCGAUUGACGCUACUAUGGGGGCUGCGCUCGCUGAUUUCUGCAAAGCUUACAUGGCAGACAGUGGGCCAAUCGUCACACCCAAAGAAGCCAUGAAAGUGGAUAUAAUAAAACUGGAAUUUACUAUUGAUCCCGGAACUUUAGAAGACAUAGCGAUAGCGAAAUCUAACCAAGCAAGGUUCAGGGUAAACAGUGAUAAGCUAUUUUUCAAGUUCACGAAGUAUGGAAAAAACAGCGUGAAGUCUUGGAAAUUAAGCCCGGACAGCUACGUUCAAAUGGCCUUACAGCUCGCUUGCUACAAGGUUUACGGCCGGCCGACGAUGAUGAACGAAAACCUUUCGACGCGCAAGUUUCUCAAGGGACGAACGGACGGAAUCUUCUCAAUUUCAAAGGACAGCAUUUCGUUCUGCAAGAUUUUUGAGGAUCCACACGCAAGCACGGCAGAAAAGAGCGUCAGCCUUAGGAAGGCUGUUGAAAGCCACAAGCAGGAAGCUAACCUCGCGAGCAAUGGCCGUGGUUUGAUUAGACUCUUCACUCUUCUGAGAACCACAGCAGUUGAGAAUGGAAUACCACUUCACGACUUCUUCACGGGUGCAGCGUACCAGACUAGCAGACACGUUACCCUCGUAACCAGUCAGGUAUCCACUGAAUGCGACUCCGCCACCUUCUUCGAACCGUUUGUUUCGGACGGUUACGCCAUCUUCUAUAACGUCCAGUCAGACUCGCUCACCUUCGCUAUCUCGAGCUGCAAAUCCUGUCCUGAGACGUCUUCAGCCAAGUUCAAGGAGGCUCUCGAGAAAAGCCUCGUUCAGAUGGGAGACUGCCUAGAUCGCUCUGACCAAAAUGAGUGAAAUGAGUAAAAUCGGAGGCUUUAUUUCACUCCAAGAUUAUUUAACUCUCGAUAAAAUCAACGAAUGUCUCAUAUUUUUUUUUUCGCUCCUGACAGAACGUUUCAUCAGUGACGAUGUAAACUGCUUCCGCCUUUGAGAUUUCAUAUAUUCGGACAUGGCGCAUAAGACUUAGCGACCAACAGGCAUGCAGAGCGCAGGCUGCAAUGUGGAUAAAGAAAAUGCUUAAAAAAAUUCACUAAAUAAGAUUGUUUUGAUUUAAGUCGGAUUAACCUGAUUUAAAUCAGUGAAGCUAGAAUAUUGAUUAUUUACCACUAGAUGUAUUUCUCAACGUUGCAGAUUGAUUCAUCCAUUCGCGGGAGCACUUAUAACAACGCGGAACAAAUAAUUACCUUAAAUGUAAAGUAGUGUUUACCGAACUAGUUUUUAUUAAUGUGAUUGCCGCCAUAAUAAAACAAAAACACCCUAAGUUUUACAUUUAAAA